AUGGCUGAUUUCAAUUACACUUUAACAAAAGAUACUGCCAAAGCAGUGCCGUUAUACCAUCAUGAGCAGGUUCCUUUCCAUUCAUUUUCUCGUUCUACUUCUGUCAGCAAUAAUACAUCAAAUGUCAAUUUAAUGAAUGCAAAUACCUCACCUUUGAUGACGAAUAAUUUGAAGCAGGAACAACAGCAGAAUCCUGUUUCCGGUGACCUUCAGGACAUCAUCUACAGCUAUCAAUCUCAACCAGAACUAUUGAGGUUGAUCCUACUAAGCAAAUUGGAAGAGGACAAACGAAGAGCCGAGGAGGCAAAAUUGAGAGCCAAGGAGCUUGAUCUGUUACUAGUUCAACAACAACAACAACAGCAGCAGCAGCAGCAACAGCCUCCCAGCCAUGAACACGACAACACAAUGGCAUUCAACAACAGCAACAACGGCAAUAUAUCCUAUCAAAAUCAAAGCUUCAACAGUAAUUCAUUCACAAUGCAUCCUACACCUCCAAUGAGUACCAAUUCAUCUACAGACGGUAGAAUGUAUCAUCACAUGCGACGCACAAGCUUAGAUGCAAUAUUAGCGUCACCAACACACUGUGCACCAACGCCUCUUUUGCAACAACAACAACAACAACAGCAGCAGCAUCAACAGCAAUCAAAUCAUAGACGAGACUCAACAUUGGGUUCCUCGUUCACUGGUAGUGCUGAUUCUGAUGAAUUUGAUGACCGAACAUUCUCCCCUAUCCCCACAUCCACAACUGCUUCUACUACUACCCCGGUCUCCGCAUCUUCAUUACUUCAAAUGGAGAGUUAUAGUUCUGCUGCUGCUGCUGUGGUCAUGUCGUCACUUCAAAACAGCAACAACAACAACAACAAGCAGCAUCCACUUUCUCCAGACUAUCAUCUUGAUGAUGAUUCGUUUACAAAUUCAUUACAGCAACAUCAUCAUCACCAUAGCCAGCGCCAAUUAGAUAACCGAUCCUUGUUGAGCACUGCUGCUGCUGCCGCCUCUGCGAGGUAUGAUUUCCCGCCUAGACCAAGAAGAAGAAGAGAAAUGCAGGCCAUUACAAAGAUUGUCGAGACAAGGGAAUAUCCAUAUGUUGAUGGCUACUUUUGGAAGAAUAACGGUAAUACAGUGCAAAAGAAGACUGGCAACAAGAGUGUUUAUUACAAGUGUUCCAACAGCAACAAGGGUUGUCCUGUGAAUAAGACAGUAACUUGGAAGGAUCAAGGUGAAUAUCUCAUCAAAUACCGCGGUGAACAUCUUUUGGACUGCAAUAAGGUCCAGCGCAUUGUUGAUGUCUAA